UCAGCCCAUUGACGUGGAAACCAGCGACAGGCCUAAUUUACUUUUUACCUUACGCUCAUAAUAACUUGAUCAAUCGCGUCAUUGGAACCUUUAUGGGCUAGCUGGGCAGGAAGCUUAGGCGUACUACCUAUCAUCAUCACUUUCAGUUUAAUUUUGGAGGCACCAUAUACUAUUCGUCAGUGUUAGCAAUGGGGAUCUCAAAGGGAAACCAUAAUCUUAUUGUUAGGUUUUGGGGAGACCUGAAGCUACCUAUUCCUAUGGGAGUGGCUACAAAGAGGAUGACGAAUAAGAUCAGGCCUGUGAAGUUGCCCUGAUUCACCAUCCUGCCAGUAACUGACAUAAGAAAUGUUGAAGCAGUACUGACAACUUUGCCAUGGAAUCAUGGCUGUGUAGAUGCCCUCCCAAAAAAAUUAGCCGGUCUUUUCUACCCAGUCAGCACUCAGGUACAAUAAUCAAACUUUAGAAUGAGUCAAGUAAGGAUGUAAAUAAGCUUCCAGUCUUUAUCAACAGGCCUAUAAAGAACUAUGGAUAAUGAAGAGUUGAAGACACAAAUAAUCAAUGAGUAUUGCUCUCUGUCGAAGGAAGAAGAAGGAUUGAGUAUUUAUGAAUUAAAGACAAUACAGAAACAGAAAGAUGAAGAAAAUAAAAUUCAAAUCCUUAGUAUUGGUCCAGAAAAUAGUGAACCAAUUAAGUCUGUUUUGUUAAUGGGAGAGACUGGCGCUGGCAAGACCCGCAUAAUAAAUGCUAUGGUGAACCAUCUUUAUGGUGUCACAUUUGAGGAUACUUACAGAUUCUUCUUCAAAGAUCAGUUAGAAUACAAUGAUAAAAAUCCAACAGAAAGUCAGACAGACUACAUAACUGCCUAUAUAAUAUAUCAUCAAAAUGGGAUGCUUGGUAAGUCCAAUUACAUGCUUAUUGAUACCCCAGGAUUUGGUGACACAAGAAGUGAAUACCACCAGAAGCUUGCCAUGGAUCACCUGAGAACUUUCUUAACUGAAGAUUAUGGAAUUGAUGAUUUAAAUUGCAUUGGGUUAGUGGCUAAAGCCAAUCAAAACAGGAUUUCAGGAUUCCAGAGGGUGAUUUUAAGUGAGUUCACUUCACUAUUAGGCAGUAAUGUCAGUUUGAUAACAUAUCUUUUGGCAACUUUUGCCUCAGAUGAUACUCAGGUGGAUGAAGUUGUAAGACAGGAAGAAGUUGAAUUUGUUAGUAUGUAUGAAUUUGAUAAUUGGCCUCUUUAUGUUCCACACAAUCCGUCAUCAUCCAAUUCCAAGCGAGAUCACAAAAAUUAUAGGAAAUUUAGGUGGGAGAAUAUGCAAAUUGAGUAUGUAAGGUUUUUUGAAACUUUGGAAAAUUCAUCACCUGUCAGCCUUAGGAGAACACGAGAAGUUAUUCAAGAAAUUAAACUUCUUGAGGAAAUUAAGAUGACUCUGAAAUAUGAUGUAAUGAAUGUUUCUCAUCUUAUCACCUCCCUAAAUGAACAGAAAAGAGUUAGACACCAAUAUGCUGAACAGGCAAGUAAGAUGAAAUGGAAGACAAAAGAAAGAAAAAAGCACCUUGAACGAUAUGAAGUUGACAAAGGGUUUCAUGCUCAUAACUGUGAUAUCUGCCGCAAGACUUGCAUAAGUCUUUGUGCUGACCCAUCAAAUGUCACUGCUGCCUUAGCAGGAACUGGGACAGGUGUUGGGGCUGCUGCUGUAGCUGGUGUUGGCUCAGCUGUUACCACUGGUGCUGUUAUAGGAGCUGAGGUUGGCACCUUUGGAGGACCCCUCGGUGUAUUGAUUGGAGGCGGUAUUGGUACAGCUGUUGGUCUUACUGCUGGUCUCAUUGUAGGUAUCACAACAAGGAAGACAAGCAGUGAGUGUUACAUUGCUAGCAAUGGAAGCAUUUGCAAUACUGAUGGAUGCAACCAUAAGAUCUCUGAUCACACAAUCGAAAAAGAAAAGAUUGUUAUUGAUCAUUCAUAUGAUGAAAAAAUAGACCUCCUUGUUAAAUCUAGGUAUGAUGAUGCCAUAAAAGAAAUAGGAAAAAUUGAGAAGAGUAUUGAGGAGGAAGAGAAAAUCAUGAAUGAAUUUAAAGAUAAACUGACGCUCAUUGCAAAAGCUUUAGUAGAACAUACCAGUAAGAUAAGUGAAUUAAGUUAUGGAUACAAAAAUUUAAAUCCACAGGCAAUAAUUGACGAAAUGAUUAUGGAGGAAAGAGAAAACUGUCAACAUGUAGAACUUUUGAAAGUGCUUAGAAGUGCAGUGAGAAUAUUAUCUGAGAGGCGAGAGCAAAAUGGACACCGAAACAGCACUCGGUUAAAUAUUCCAGCAAAUGUUUGUUAUAGUGUUAAGGAAACAGAUGAAUUACUUUAGUUGUCACUACCUAGUGCUAGACUACUGGUUUUAGUAUAGCGCUCAGAGUUUCUAAACCUCUCUAGUCAUUAGAGUACAGUACAGUCUUACGUGAUUACAGUUAAUUGACAAGAUACCUAUGCACAAAAAUAAGAUACUACACUAGUUUAAUGAUUUUUUUAUUGAUUUUAUUGUAAAUAAGAUUAUUUUAUCGUUAUACCUCAGUAGUAUACUGAUUAGAUUGUAAAUUAUAGUUAACAAUAGUUUGAGAACAUUCCAUUAUGCUGUAAAAUAUAUUUAGUUGCAUUUGUUACUCAGAGAUAUGAAUUUAUCAGGAUUUUAUCAGGCUUGUUAUUUUUAAUAUGAAUUGGAAAAUCAGUUGUUAAACAUUUGGUUGUAUGUAUAUGCAUAAAGAUCUAUGUUUCAUGUGGAUUUCUGGAAAUGUUUCUAUUUUGAAAGUUUUAUAUAAUAACCUAUAGUACUUAGUAGUGGUUCACUUGUGUGAAGUGAAUUUCUCUAGUUUGCACAAAAGUAUGACAGAUUUUAGUCUGCGAGUCAUUAGAUAUAGAAAAUGACAUAAGUUAUUGAUGAAUACUCUGGUGGAUAUGAUAUUUCUCCAAUACAAGUUUUAUUUGCUCAAAGCCACAUUUUUUUUUAUUAGGUAAGGAAAUUUUGUAGUCAUUUGUCCUAUAAACAUUUAAGUUUU